UUUUAUUUUCUUAAAAAUUUAAAAAAAGUUGAAAGCCUUCUUUGAUUUACAGUUGUUUUGAUACAUUUAAACUUUUGGGAAAUUAUGAUUCCUCUGCAAGCACAGCAACAACAAAUGUCAGGUGGUGGUAGUAGUGGUUCUUCUUCAUCACCAGUUCCACAUUAUCAUCAAUUGAUCAAAUUUAAUGUGGGAGGUAAAAUUCUCUAUACAACUCGUGAGACUAUUCUCAAUUCAUAUCAUCAUAGUGCAAUUUAUAAGAAUAAUGCUAAUCAGUCGAAUAUUAAUGAGUUGGUUUUUCCAGGCAAUUGCUUGCCCUUCUCUCAAAAGAUUCGUUCUCCAACAGCCUACCAAUUGGCCAUGAAGAAUUACUUGAAUCAUCAGGAGACAACUCAUCAAAAACAACCACUUUCUAAUACAACCACAACAAAUAAUAACUCUCCUCAAGGUUCUACACCAACAACAACAACAACAGCAGGUAAUAGUGGUACUGGAAGUAGUGGUGAUUUGACCAAUUCUAAUAAUUUGGCUUAUAAUUCACUUUCAACUUUUGUUGAUUUGCACAAUCGUAAGAGUAGAAUGAGCUUUUCUGAAGGAACUACUUCUUCAUCAAAUCAAAACAAUAAUAGACUAAGUAAUGUUUCGUCCACUUCAACAACAGUCUUUGAAAACUAUUUUACCAGAUUGUUGGACGAAAAUCAGCAUUUGGGUUUUAUCAAGGAUGAAAAUGGAUGCUACUUUAUUGAUAGAAAUCCAAAGUACUUUGCUCUCAUCUUGGAAUAUUUGAAGAGUGGAGAGUUGAAUUUAUUUGACUCUGCAGAGUACAGAAGUUCUGAAUUAGAUGCUCCUGAAUAUGGAUUCCAUGACUUGCAAUUGUUUGCACAAAAGAUAAUCAAGGAAUCUGAUUACUUUAUGCUUGAUGUUUCUGAUCAAUUGUAUAAUAUUGUUGGAGAUCAAUUAUAUGUUUCAGAUUGCUUCCAAGAUCGUACCAAUCGUUCUAAUCAACGUUGUUUGAUAUUCUUUGAUAAGGAUCCACUCAGAAGACCAUGCUCAUUGUAUAUGAGUGGUGUUUGGUUUGAUCGUCACAUUGUUGAUAAGGAAUGCUUUGUCAGAAAUGGUGUUAUUGAAAUUUAUAUGGAUGAUAACAAUACCACAAAUAAUGAAUAUAUUGGAAAGAAGAAGAAACCAUAUCAAUAUGUUCCCUCUCAACAAUCUAGUGGAGUUUCUGGACAAGGAUCAAGUUCUGCUGAUGAUGCUGAUAGUGAACCAUUGACCAAGAGAAAGAGUUAUGAUUCCAAUACUUUCUUUAGUUCACUUUCGAAUAUGGUUUCUAAUAUGAAUACUCAAAGCAAUAGACCACAACAAAAAACUGGCCCACUUCGUCUCCAAUUUGUCAUUCAUCCACAAGUUGAUGUCAAAAAUAAUGAAAAAGCAAACAUGAUGAAUUUCAUUGGAGUUGAUCCAUCACUUUUAGAUAUUUCAAAUGCUGAGGAGAAACCAAAAUUAAAUCCAAAUGAUGUCUCUUCAUUGUUCUCAACAUAUGGAAUGUUGGGUGCUUCUAGAAGAUUAUCAAUGGAAUUCCCUCAAUUGGUUGAAAAUGUCCUCGUUGUAAAGGAUAUCAGCUCUUUCAAGAAGGAAUUCAGACUUAUUGAAACUGCAGAACCAGCUGUAACCAGAAUUCAAUUCAACAAGAAGUAUUUCAACUUGUCAGAUUACAAUCACUCUAUUAAGAUUAUGAGAGAUGAAAAGGAUCCAGAACAUGUUACCAUUGUUGAACAUUUCACUCAAGUUCCAGAAAAGUUUGGUCCAAACAAUAUUGAAAAUAAUCCAAACAUUCCUGCCAAUUCACCAGGUGGAGGAUUAUCCAAUGCUCACAGAAGAGUUACUAGCGAAGUUCCUGUAAGAAAUAAUGGAACCAAUGUUGGAGAUAGUACCUCAACCCUCACUACUGAAAAUAAGGGUCUUUUGGAUGAUUUCUAUGUUGAAGUUGUUAGUAGUGACGAUGAUGAAUUCUCUGUUCCACAACCAAUUUCAUCAAAGAGAAAGAGUUUGAAUCCAAAUACUGUUAAAUCUAAACCUGCCUCAAUUCUUGGAACUAAAGCCAUUGAACAAACCAAGGAAACUCGUAUGAGAGUGAUAGCCAACAAUUUCUUAGCCAAAUCAAAGAAGGAAUUCCUCUACAUUGAAAGUAAGAAUAGAAUCUACUGGGUAUCCUAUGCUAGAGGUUUAAUCACAUUAGAAUUGAGUAACAAGAACUUGUAAUUUUUAUCAUGUAAAUUAAAUAAUGUAAAAUAAUAAUUAAUUGU